CGGUUAAGUAGGAAGUCACCACUUACCACAUGUAGGCAGUGCUGAUGUUUAUCUUCCAGUGCAUCAUGUUGCAUUUAUCCACGUGGGACUGUUGCAGAUUUUGUCAUUAUUUUAAACAAGUCAAGUAGCACGACUGUAUUCAUUGGAAACUGAAGAGUUCACCCACCUGGGUUUCUGGGUAGAAGAUGAAUACCAGUACCACUACUUCAGAAAUGCCUACUUCAGGAGGAAUCCCUGAUAUGCAUCUGAAAAGCCCAUCUAACAUUUUAUAUGCUAUCAUAGCCAUUCUAAUCUUCAUAAUUAUAGUCCUUUUUGCAGUACUAGUUAGAAGAAAACUUGCAGAUUGCAGUGAAACUACUAAUUACCUUAAGAAUGGAAACAAUAUCCAAAUGAGAGCCAUGAGAAAUGUGCCAUCUUUGGAUGGGUGCCCUGCCUCCGGCCUCCAUAAUCAUCCCACUCCUUUCAGAACAACUGGAGGUGAUAAAGGUUCAGGUGAUGAUUCCUCUUCAACUAGCUCAGAAAGUUAUGAUGGCUCUGUGACUGGCAGGCUUGAGGGUGACUAUGUGAACCUGUCCCAGGAUAAGAGUGGCCUUUUUCCGGCAAAGCUUUGUGGAAUUCAGGAUUAUGUGAAUGUCGAGGCACCUGAUGAUUCCACUGAGAGUGAAGCUGAUUACAAUGAGGACUUGCUCAGUAAAAUAGUAAUGGAUAAGCAAAAGGCAAAGUGUCACAGUGAAGCCAGCGAGGACAGUGAUGAUAAUGAAUUACAUUACACAACUGUUGUUUACAAGUCUUAGCAAAACCUCAUAAGAAUCAUAACUUGAAAGAAUUUUGUCCUUAUACUGUAUGUCAUUCUAGAGCAUGACAUAAAAAUAUUGUUUUGUAGUCUACAAACUUUGAGAAAUAU